GGAUCGUCGUGACUACGUUAAUUGCGUAAUUACGUGAUAUCGCGGCAUGGCUUGAGGGACACGUAGUAUUGUUAAGUUUGGACAGCUUUGCAAAAGGACCGUGGCUCAGUAGCGCCGUUCUGCAUUUACAGUUGUCAAAACGUAAAAUUUCGGUGGGAUAAGUGUUUGGAAAAGUAGGCGUAUUGUGCUGGCCCUUGGGCUGGAUUUUCUGAAACCAUUUGCCAAGAUGAGGGCUGCUGGAAUAACCCUCAUUAGUAUCGCACUUACAUGCGCUGUUAUUGGGAAUGCAUAUUAUCAAAAGAAACAAUUCUAUCCAUCAGUCGUAUACAUAACCAAAUCUAAUCCCAGUAUGGCUGUAAUCUAUAUACAAGGUCUAAUCCUUGUAUUUAUGAUAAAUACUUUCCUUAGAAAAAUAUUCUUUGGUAAUCUACGGGCUGCUGAGCUUGAACAUUUGGUCGAGAAAGCAUGGUAUGCUGUUACCGAGACAUGUCUGGCUUUUACUGUGUUUCGAGAUGAUUUUAGUCCCAAGUUCAUAGCUCUAUUUACGCUUUUACUUUUUCUCAAAUCUUUUCACUGGUUGGCAGAAGACAGAGUUGAUUAUAUGGAAAGAAGUCCUGUAAUAACGUGGUUGUUCCACCUCAGAGUUGGCAGCUUGCUGUCGCUUCUUUUUGGAGCUAACUUAACUAUGAUUCAAUAUGCAUAUGAUUCUACUCUUGCAAAAGGUGCUUCGGUACAACUUGUCUUUGGUUUUGAAUAUGCUAUACUAUUGACAGUUGUUUUGAACAUUACCAUCAAAUAUGUGUUGCACACUAUUGACUUACAAAGCGAAAAUCCUUGGGAUAAUAAACCUGUAUUUCUGUUGUAUACUGAACUAAUCAUUGGACUUUUAAAGGUAAUACUCUAUGUGACUUUUGUUAUGAUAAUGGUGAGAAUAUACACUUUACCAUUAUUUGCCUUCCGACCGAUGUACUACACGAUGAGAAACUUUAAGAAAGCAUUCCAUGAUAUUGUUAUGUCUCGAAGAGCAAUCAGAAAUAUGAAUACACUUUACCCUGAUGCCACUCCCGAAGAAUUGGCUGCGGCUGAUAACGUUUGCAUCAUUUGCCGAGAAGAAAUGGUUUCUGCGAGCAAAAAAUUACCCUGCAACCACAUUUUCCAUACAGCAUGUCUACGUUCAUGGUUCCAACGUCAACAAACGUGUCCAACUUGUCGGCUAAACAUCUUAAGACCAACUACGAAUACCCCUGGAACUAGACCACAGAAUCAGCCAGAAGCAGGUCAACCAGCACCGCAACCUGCACAAGCCCCAGGAGCCAAUCAACAUGGUCAGGGCUUCCAAAUUCCAUCAUUCUGGGCUAACUGGCAAGCACCUGGAGCAGCACAGCAACCACAAGGACAAAAUAAUGCUCCAAAUGUUCCUCUUCCACCUUUUCAACCUUUAACACCUGGUGGAGUUCCUUUAUUUGCACCACCAUUCCCACCAAUGGUUCCACUACCGCCAGUGCCCACACCACCUCCAAAUUUAACAACCUUAAGCGAGGAGGAACUUCGAGCUAUGGAGGGUAACAUGCGACAGGCUGUAGAGGCUAGAAUCGAAACACUCCAAAGAGUACAGCUCUUGUUGGAUGCUGCAAACGCAAUGAUGAACCAGUAUCAAACAGCAGCAGCAACAGCGAACAUUCCUGUACCAACCUCAAUCCCAACAACAACGAGCACAGCGGAAACGUCCCAAACGAAAGUACCAGAUCUAUCAGUAAUUAAAGAAACAGCAUCUACGAGUGCAGGAGAAUCUCCAGCAAGCAGUAGCAAUGAGCCUACACCCUCGACAUCUAGAGCAGAUAAUGAAACUAGAGAUGAACAGGAGAUGCUCCGAAGAAGAAGAUUGCAAAAAUUUUCAUCACAAGGGACAGCCGAAUAACCUAGAACCAUGUUCUGAAACAGAGGCGUAUCAUACUAGCCAAAGGCUGAUAUCCUAUUUGAAUUACUUGAUCGACCAAGAGUUCAGUAUCGAUCAUUGACUGAUUCUAACAGACGUUUCUAGGACUUCGAGGUUCGGGGAUGGAAACAUAGUGCGUAAAAUGGUCGAUUACCAAAAAAGUUUUAGGGGUGAACAAUUUUAUAGAAAUACCGGUUGCGUACGAUUGCGAUCGGUUGUUUAACCACUUGUACAAUGCGGGAUGAACUAUCUGGGUCAAGAAAUUAAAUUUAGUAUUACAACUGUGUUUUUGCAUUACAGAAGAAUACUUUGUACAUAUUAAGCUUUUUGAUGCAGUAAGUUUUCUGCAUUCCAAUACCUUUUCAUGUGCUCCUUUUUAGCAACUUGUACAGUGUUGCUAAUUUUUUACACUUCUAGGAUCUCACCAUUCGGACUACUAUCCACAGUUAUAGUACUUUUCCUGACAUCUUCCUUGCCUUUGUUUAUCCUCUGCCACUGGGUUUUUCACGCAUUGAACUUCCUGAUUAUUGUAAAGAAUGACUUUCUCUUCUUUUCUGUUUAUAAUCUGCUCUGUUAUAUCAUUGUACAGAUUUAUCAAUAUGAUUUUGCUUGUCACUAUUAAUAACACAAAGCAACUUUUUUCCCAUUAUGUCCUUUGGUAUGGUUGUGACAGUGGGACGGCAGUAGCAUAAGUCAUAGUAAUUUAACUGUAUAAUACUUAUUCCAAAUAACAAUUAUAUGUAAUAAACCUAUUUGUGUAUUUAAA